AUGCAUGCGCACACAGCGCUCAUGGCGCUUGCGGCGCUAGGCGCAUUAGCGGCGACGGGAGCGGCGGCGGAGCGUGGCGGUGGCAUCAAAGUGGGCAGCAGCGCGUCAGGUGCAGGCGGGCGAGAGGGUGCACGUGGUAGUGGCGUACGUCUCGGCGAUGGCCUUAGACGUCCGCGAACUUCACCAGCCCCUCAGACUCCUCGCGCACCAUCUGUUAUCACUGCCGCCCUAGUCGUGCCCCACAAAGCCUUUGGAGCACGUGACUAUACUAGAGCUGAGAAGGCGGCUCUAUCUAAACUGCCACGAAAACUCAAACUAUUUUCACAUGUGCGCCUAAAUAACACGCUUUCAAUGCAGGGCCUUACACCUAGUCCUAUGUCUAUCUUGGACUCGCUGUGUAAAGAAUUUCUAGCCGUGAACGUGUCUGCAAUACUAUAUCUUAUGAACCAUGAAAAAUAUGGACGAUCCACUGCCUCAGCGCAAUAUUUUUUACAACUCGCCGGAUACCUUGGCAUACCGGUCAUAGCAUGGAACGCAGAUAACAGCGGUCUUGAAAAACACGCGUCUCAUGCUUCUUUACGACUUCAAUUAGCGCCGACUAUUGAACAUCAGACCGCAGCCAUGUUAUCCAUACUGGAAAGAUAUAAAUGGCAUCAAUUCAGCGUCGUCACUUCAGCUAUUGCUGGCCACGAUGAUUUCAUUCAAGCUGUUAGAGAAAGGGUUACAGCACUUCAAGAUCGGUUUAAAUUUACGAUUCUUAAUGCGGUGGUGGUAAAAAAACCGGCUGAUCUAAAUGAACUGGUAACGAGUGAAGCACGUAUAAUGCUCUUGUACGCUACUCGAGAAGAAGCAGCUGAUAUAUUAUCAUGCGCUGGAGAUCUGCAUCUCACUGGAGAAAAUUUCGUUUGGAUUGUGACACAGAGCGUGCUUGGUCCUAUGCAGCAAUCAAACAAAUUUCCCGUUGGCAUGCUAGGUGUUCAUUUCGAUACAUCGAGUUCGUCAAUUCUUGCUGAGAUAGCGACGGCCGUUAAAGUAUUUGCUUAUGGCGUGGAAUCAUACCUCUCCGAACCAGAAAAUGUUCAGUAUCCUCUCGGUACUAGACUAUCUUGUAGCGGAGCGGGUACUGGUGAGGCUCGGUGGUCCACCGGAGAAAGAUUCUACCGACAUCUUCGAAACGUCAGCGUUGAAGGCGAAUCGAGCAAGCCGGGAAUAGAGUUCACUCCAGAUGGAGAACUUCGAGCAGUUGAACUUAAAAUAAUGAAUCUACGACCAACUCUAGGUGAUCAGCUUGUGUGGGAAGAAAUCGGAACAUGGAAUUCUUACCCAAAAGAGCGUUUGGUAAUUAAAGAUAUAGUGUGGCCGGGAGUGCUUCACACCCCUCCACAAGGAGUUCCUGAAAAAUUUCAUAUGCGUAUAACUUUCCUUGAAGAACCUCCUUACAUUAACCUAGCUCCACCUGAUCCUGUUAGCGGUCGCUGCUCUUUAGAUCGUGGUGUAAUCUGUCGUGUUGCACCCGAUGUUGAAGUUGCUGGGUUAGAAGCUGGUACAGCGCACAGAAACAGUUCACUGUAUCAAUGUUGCAGUGGAUUUUGUAUAGAUCUUUUACAACAGUUGGCCGAACAUCUUGGAUUUACCUAUGAAUUGGUACGGGUUGAAGACGGCCGAUGGGGUACUCUUCAUCAUGGAAAGUGGAAUGGUCUUAUAGCCGAGCUUGUAAACAAAAAAACUGAUAUGGUAUUAACAUCAUUAAUAAUAAAUUCAGAUCGAGAAGCUGUUGUAGAUUUUAGCGUACCUUUUAUGGAAACGGGAGUGGCUAUCGUAGUUGCAAAACGAACAGGCAUAAUAUCUCCUACCGCUUUUCUGGAGCCAUUCGAUACAGCUUCUUGGAUGUUAGUCGGAGCCGUUGCAAUACAAGCUGCCACAUUUUCAAUAUUCUUCUUCGAGUGGCUUUCUCCGAGUGGAUUUGAUUGCUCUACCGGACUAAAUUCGAAACGAAUACCACAAAAUAGAUUUUCACUCUGUCGAACGUAUUGGAUAGUAUGGGCAGUAUUAUUUCAGGCAUCAGUGCACGUGGACUCCCCACGUGGCUUUACGGCUCGCUUCAUGACGAACAUGUGGGCGAUGUUCGCAGUGGUAUUCCUUGCGAUAUAUACCGCGAACUUGGCCGCGUUCAUGAUCACUCGGGAGGAGUUCCACGAGCUGAGCGGACUGGACGAUCCUCGAAUUGCGCGUCCGCUGUCGCAACGGCCCGCACUCAAGUUUGGCACCGUCCCAUGGUCGCACACGGACGCCACACUCUCGAAGUACUUCCCCGAGCCGCAUGCGUACAUGGCCCCAUACAAUCGUAGCACAGUUAGUGCAGGGGUAACAGGGGUCCUCACCGGAGAACUCGAUGCUUUUAUAUACGACGGAACUGUACUGGAUUACCUCGUAUCACAAGAUGAGGACUGCCGGUUGUUAACAGUAGGCUCGUGGUAUGCGAUGUCUGGCUAUGGAUUAGCGUUUACUCGAAAUUCUAAAUAUCUGAGCAUGUUUAAUAAGAGGUUACUUGAUUUACGCUCCAAUGGUGACCUAGAGCGGUUACGCAGGUACUGGAUGACGGGCACGUGUAAGCCGAACAAGCAGGAGCACAAGUCGUCGGACCCGCUGGCGCUGGAGCAGUUCCUGUCCGCGUUCCUGCUGCUGAUGGCGGGCAUCUUGCUCGCGGCGCUGCUGCUGCUGCUCGAGCACGUGUACUUCCGCUACAUGAGGGAGCACCUCGCGGCCUCCAGUGCCAGCUCGUGCUGUGCUCUCGUGUCGUUGUCGAUGGGUCAAUCAUUAACAUUCCAUGGUGCAGUUGUGGAAGCGGCAUCGAGAGGCUUCGGUCCCGGUAAACGUGGACAUUGUCGCUCUGCAAUAUGCGCUGCACAGGUAUGGCGCGCGCGGCACGAGCGCGACGCGGCGGUGGCGCGCGCGCGGCAGCUGGCGGCGGCGCUGGCGGCGCACGGGCUGCAGCCGCCGCCGCGCCGCCUGGCAUCCGCCGCGGCGCUGCUGGCGGCGGGCCGGCCGCACGACGCCACGCGCCCGCGCACGCUGCGCGCGCCCGCCGACCUGCUGCCCGACCUCGACCGCCCGCUCUCGUGCUCCGACCUCCGGGCUAGGGAGCGAAUGCGGGUAGAAAUGGAAACAGUGCUGUGAGGCGCAUAUUGCGCCAUUUUUUUUUUCAAUUUCUGAAGGCUGUUCUUACACCAAGUUAUACAAGACGAAGUUAGGUAUAUCUAAUGUUAAAAUAUGGACAGAUAAAAAAACGUUGUAAUUAUUAAAUAAAUUAUUCCAAUUAUUAAAACAGAGAGAUGGACGUAGAUAGCGAAGCGUUGUUGUGGGAAGCGCGCGCGGGGCAGGCUGGGCGCCGGGCGCGCGUCCUCGUGUUGUCUACUACAAUAAAAUAUAUUUUUUGGACAAUA